UGGCGGGAGACGGAGCUGCGCGGGGAUGGAAGGGGGGAAGCGCGUGGGGCCGGCGGGGGGGGGCGGUCCCCCCCAGGCCAAGCGGCUGCGGGGGGGGGCGCCGGCAGCCCCCUCCCAGUUUGAGGAGGAACUGGCGCAACUGGAGGAACUGGAGGCCGAGCUGGCGGCGGAGAGGGCAGAGGAGGAGCCCCCCCCGCCCCCCGAGAGCCACCAGCCCCUCGGCAGCCUCUUUGUGGGGGAGGUGAACCCCAAGUGGCGCCGCCCGGCACCCCCCCCGGCGCCCCCCCCCACCCUCUACUUCCUGCAGCUCGACCUCGACCACUACAUUGGGACGCCCCCCCCGGGGCUGCCGGAUGCCCCCCCCGGCCCGGCGCCCGUGCUGCGCGUUUUUGGGGUGACAGAGGCCGGCAACAGCGUCUGCCUGCACGUCCAUGGCUUCAGCCCCUAUUUCUACGUCCUGGGCCCCCCUGGCCUGGAGGUGCAGCACCUGGGCGAGCUGCAGCGGGAGCUGGAUGCGGCCCUGCUGCGGGAGCUGCGCGGCAACAAGGAGGGGCUGAAGCACCCCGUGCUGGCGCUGGAGCUGUGCCGCAAGCAGAGUAUUAUGGGAUACCAGGGCUCUCAGCGCUCGCUCUUUGUGCGGGUGGUGUUGGCGCUGCCGCGCUUGGUGGCUCCGGCGCGGCGGCUGCUGGAACAGGGGCUGCGCUGGGGGGCACUGGGGGUGCACCCCGCCCCCCCCUUCGAGUCCAACAUCGACUUUGAGAUACGGUUCAUGGUGGACUCGGGGCUCGUGGGGUGCUGUUGGGUGGAGGUGGCUCAGGAGCAGCUUCGCUGGCGGAACUGGGGGGGUCCCCCAAGCGGCCCCCUCGCGCCCCCCCCGGCCUCGCUCUGCCAGCUGGAGGCGGACGUGGAGUGGGGGGCGCUGCGGGGGCUCCCCCCGGACGGGCCGUGGCUCGGGCUGCCCCCCCUGCGCGUGCUCAGCCUCGACAUCGAGUGCGCGGGGCGCAAGGGAGUGUUCCCCGAGCCCGAGCAGGACCCCGUGAUCCAGGUGGCGGCGGUGGUUUUGCGUCAGGGCGAGCGCGAACCCUUCCUGCGCGUCAUCUUCACCCUCGGGAGCUGCGCCCCCAUCCUCGGCUCCCACGUGCUGAGCUUCCAGCGCGAGAGGGACCUCCUGCAGUCCUGGGCUGAGUUUGUGCGGAUCGUGGACCCCGACAUCGUCACCGGUUACAACAUCAACAACUUCGACCUCCCCUACCUGCUGCAGCGCGCCCAGAGCCUGCAGGUGGAUUCCUUCCCGUUCCUGGGCCGCAUCCGCGGGCGCCGCUCGGUUGUGCGAGACUCUGCGUUCCAGUCGCGGCAGCUGGGCCGGCGCGAGAGCAAAGUGGUCAGCGCCGAGGGAAGGGUCACCAUCGACCUCCUGCAGGUGCUGCUGCGGGAGCACAAGCUCCGCUCCUACAGCCUCAACGCCGUCAGCUUCCACUUCCUCGGAGAGCAGAAGGAGGAUGUGCCCCACGGCAUCAUCGCCGACCUCCAGGCGGGCUCGGAGCAGACGCGGCGCCGUUUGGCCGUGUACUGCCUGAAGGACGCGUUUCUGCCGCUGCGGCUGUUGGAGAAGCUGAUGGUGUUGGUGAACCACGUGGAGAUGGCGCGUGUCACCGGCGUCCCCCUCAGCUACCUGCUGGCCAGGGGACAACAGGUCAAGGUCGUGUCCCAGCUCCUGCGGCAGGCGGUGGCCGAGGAGCUGCUGCUGCCGGUGGUUCGGUCCGAUGGUGGUGACGACUACGAGGGGGCGACGGUCAUUGAGCCCCAAAAGGGGUACUACGACACUCCCAUCGUGACGUUGGAUUUCUCCUCUCUGUACCCGUCCAUUAUGAUCGCCCACAACCUCUGCUACACCACCCUGCUGCCCCCGGGGGGGGCCCAGCGCCACGGGCUGAGCGCUGAGGAGGUGACGCGGACGCCGACAGGAGAGCUGUUUGUGCGGGCGAGCGUGAGGCCGGGGCUGCUGCCGCGCGUCCUGCAGGGGCUGCUGGCGGCCAGGACCAGGGUGAAGGCAGAGCUGGCGCGGGAGCAGGACCCGCUGCGGCGCCGGGUGUUGGACGGGCGGCAGCAGGCGCUCAAAGUCAGCGCCAACUCCGUGUAUGGCUUCACCGGGGCCCAGGCCGGGCGCCUGCCCUGCCUCCAGAUCUCCCAGAGCGUCACCGGCUUUGGGCGACAAAUGAUCGAGCGGACGAAGCAGCUCGUGGAGACCAAGUUCUGCAUCGCUGAGGGCUACACGGCCGACGCCAAGGUGGUCUAUGGGGACACGGACUCGGUGAUGUGCGCCUUCGGGGUGGCGUCGGUGGCCGAGGCGAUGGCUCUGGGGCGAGAAGCUGCCACGUGGGUCUCGCAGCACUUCCCGGACCCCAUUCGCCUCGAGUUCGAGAAGGUGUACCGGCCGUACCUGCUGAUCAGUAAGAAGCGCUACGCGGGGCUGAGCUUCGCCUCCAGCGCCGACGCUCACGACAAACUCGACUGCAAAGGCCUCGAGGCCGUACGGCGCGACAACUGCCCGCUGGCCGCCAACCUGGUCACCGCCUGCCUGCGCCGCGUCCUGCUGCACCGGGACCCGAUGGGGGCGGUGGCGCACGCGCAGGAGGUGAUCUCGGACCUUCUCUGCAACCGCAUCGACAUCUCUCAGCUGGUGAUCACCAAAGAGCUGACGCGCGCGGCCGCGGCCUACGCCGCCCCCCAGGCCCACGUGCACCUGGCCCAGAGGAUGCGGCAGCGGGACCCCGGCAGCGCCCCCUCCCUCGGCGACCGCGUCCCCUACGUCAUCGUCUGCGGCGCCCGCGGGGCUGCGGCGUACACCAGGGCCGAGGACCCGAUCUUCGCGCUGGAGCACAAUCUGCCCAUCGACACCAACUAUUAUCUGGAGCAGCAGCUCGCGAAACCGCUGCUGCGCAUCUUCGAGCCCAUCCUGGGCGAGGGACGGGCCGAGAGCGUCCUCCUGCGGGGGGAGCACACGCGCUGCAAGACGGUGCUGACGGCCAAAGUCGGGGGGCUCAUGGCUUUCGCCACCAAGCGCAGCAGCUGUGUGGGGUGCAGAGCCGUCCUGCCCCACCACGGUGCCGUCUGCGAUUUCUGCCGUCAGCGCCAGUCUGAGCUCUACCAGAAGGAGGUGUGGGCACUGGCGGGACUGGAGCGACGCUUCUCGCGGCUCUGGAGCGAAUGUCAGCGCUGUCAGGGCUCCCUGCACGAGGACGUGCUGUGCACCAGCCGCGACUGCCCCAUCUUCUACCUCCGCCGGAAGGUGCAGAAGGACCUGGACGCGCAGGUGCAGCUCCUGGACCGCUUCGGCCCCCCCACCUGGUGAGGGGGGGCAACAUCUGGGGGGGACCCCGACAUCUGGGGGGGACCCCAAUGU